UCUCUCUCUCUCUCUCUCUCUCUCUCUCUCUCUCUCUCUGAAGCAAAUAAGCGAACGAGUAACAAUCUGUGGCCAAGUUCACGCGCCACCAAUUGUUCGACCAAAGUUCCAUGCGAAGCGCCGCCAACCGGUCGCCCGGAGCCAGACCCAUUUGGCGAUGGCGAGCAACCCACCUUCGUUCCACCACCACUGCCGCUCCCUCCUCCCUUCCCCAUCUUCUCCUCCGUCCCCCCACUGUUCCUUUCCCUCCCCCGCUGCCGGAGUCUCCAAAGCCCUCCCCCCGUCCCGCUCCAUCCCCAUCCUCCUCCCCAUCGUCUUUCUCUUCUUCCUUCUCCUUUUCUUCCUCUCGAUCUUCCUCUUCCGCGACAUCCUCCACUUCACCUAUGCGUUCUUCUACGGAGGGUCGCCCAGCGCCGUCCGCCGGCCCACCACCUCAAACGCCGCCGCCGCGGAUUCCUGCCUGCGCGGGCUGGACCCCGACAUCCUGGCGUCGUUCCCCACGCUGCCCUAUUCCUUGGUGAGGGGGCUGCAGGAGGGCAAGUGCGGAGCGGAGUGUGCCGUCUGCCUCGCCGAGUUCGCCGGUGGCGACGUAAUCCGCCUGCUCACCGUCUGCUGCCACGCCUUCCACCCGCCCUGCAUCGACUCCUGGCUCGCCGCCCACGCCACCUGCCCCCUCUGCCGCUGCGACCUGAAGGCACCGCCCGACGAGGCCGCCGUCAUGGCGGUGCGGGAGGCCGUCGACGGUGGAUGCGACAGCCAUUGCAUCUCGAUCGACGACGACGGGGAGGGGGCGGAGGGACGGUUGGAGAAAUCGGCACCGGAGAGGACCUCGAACCCGACGAAUGCAGGAGAGAGGAGGGAGGAUGCCGACGAGGGUGCAGCACGAUGAAGACGAACAGUGCGAGCGCCCGUGAAGGAGCGGACCUCAUAGGAAACACGUGGCUAUAAAUGCUCGUAUCUUUCCGACUUAGAUUUGAUCGGAGUUUUUGCCGAGAUUUAGUAGAGCUUACGAACAACACACGGGAAUUGAAAUCGAUGACAAUAUUAAGUUACUAGUGGCUCUGCCAUUAGCCAAGUAGAUUACAAUCUGCAUGUAGUUGGACACGUCCUGUGCUUUGUUACAAUCACUUGUCGAUAUCCUGCUGCAUGUCAACUCAUCGACCGUAAGUUUGGUGGAUUUCGUGCUAUACGAAUCAUUCCUACAAGAACAUUGUAUUGUGUCUCCCACAUGAUUCCUUCCUCGGCAUGUCAGCUGAAGCGGAUAGAGAAGGUCCACUUUCAUUAACUCUUGAGGUAAGGGAAUCCACGACAUCACAAACACCUAUGUUAGCUUUCUUUGUCGAAAUAAUUCAUGGGAAGCCAUUGGUAGGCCGAAAAGCUUCAAGGCGAACAUCAACCUGAACUGGAUCUGUAUUCAGGUGGGUAGUAUGUCAACCUCCUCAGAAUAAGACGCUCCACGGGCAGCCGCCUGGCUUUUGCCAACCUCUCAACCCUCCACCACCUACCUAACCCUUUGAUCAAGAAUGGAGUGCUACUCGAAUGGAGUUUGUCCUGACCAUGGAGAGGUCCCCAGGAAAGAACCAGAGGGGUUCUUUGAUCCCUGACAAAAAGUUAAAUUUCGCUUGUUCUGGUCUACAACCUUAUGUGCUCCCGUGCCCACUCGAUGCUUGCAGCAAACCAUGUUUUCAUCGAAUGUUAACUGAUUUCAUUACCAACCCAAUGAAAGAUUGUAGAGACAAUACAUCAAACACCAGAUGAAGCCAGAAGGCCGUGCGCGAGGUCGAAGUCGUAUGAAGCAGAAUAAGAGAAAGAAAGCAAAGAGAAGAAACAAAGAC